GAAUAUCGUUUGUGGGAGGCUGUACAGAAAUGGUUGAUGGCACCUUCGCACCCGGAAAGGCGUGGUAACACUGCUUCACCGCUUCUUGUCUCCAUACUGCCGCUUAUAAAAUUUCCGUUUAUGACGGCUGAUGAGCUGACGAUGGUUGAGCGAUCUCCGCUUGUUGAAUCACAUCCUAAAUUGUUUCAUCCUCAGAUUCUGCUUGCCUACAAAUUUCAGGCACUUCCGUUAGCGAGCAGAGCUAGCUGCAAGGAAUUUGCUGGGCCUCAGUUUAUCUUGAGGAAUUAUACGGAUGUGAGGUGGGAUAGGCGCAUCACUGUGCGAGCUGAUGAUCUGAGGCGUGAAAAUGGCUACGAUAGGGGCAUCGAUCAAGCUUACAAUGUUAGAAUUUCUCGGCACUUAGCUUUUACAGUACAAAAAAUUCCAUUCGCCUGGAAUGCUAGCUGCUGGCAUUUGAUGUCAGUUUUGGAUGCUCAUAAGGCUAAGUAG